AUGUACGACUUGGUUGAGAAAUACAUGAUACACGGCCCGUGCAGUCAUGCGAAUUUGAAUUCACCUUGCAUGAAGAAUGGCGUUUGCACGAAAAGGUUUACAAAGAAGUUUGCACAGCGAACUGAGGCUGAUGAUGAUGGUUACCCUAGCAAGUCAAUAAAGUACCUGUUCAAGUACGUCAACAAAGGACACGAUCGUGUCACAACAACAUUUUUUCAACCUCCGUCUAUGGACGCCGCUUCUGUUGUACGUGAUGAAAUCAAGAUGUACUAUGAUUGUAGAUAUUUAUCUACGUGCGAGGCGAUGUGGAGGAUUUUGGCAUUCGAUAUACACUACAGGGAUCCCCAUGUCACUAGAUUGAGCUUCUAUCUCUCCGACAAUCAGCCGUUGAUAUUCAAUGAGAACCAACCUUUAAAGAGUGUCCUGGAAUGUCCAACAGCAAAGCAAACUAUGUUUUUAGCGUGGUCCGAGGCGAACAAAAAGUACCCACCAGCUAGGGAAUUACGGUAUGGAGAGUUUCCCCUGCAUUAUGUGUACAAGGAGGAUUCUCGUGUAUGGGUGCCAAGAAAGCAAGGGUUUUCUAUUGGAAGAAUUACCACUGUACCCCCGGGAAAGGGAGAAGACUUUUAUUUGAGAUUGCUGCUCAACAUCCAGAGAGGGUGCACCAGUUACGAAGACAUACGAACGGUUAGUGGCAAUGUUUACGCGACAUUUAAGGAUGCAUGCUAUAUUUUGGGGCUGCUUGAGGAUGACAAGGAGUACAUUGAUGCAAUCAAAGAGGCGUACGGUUGGGCAAACGGCCAGUUUCUCAGACUGUUGUUUGUUGUUAUGCUGAUUUCUAACAGUUUGAGCAGAGCGGAAUAUGUUUGGGAGAGUUGUUGGUCGAAUUUGUUCGAUGACAUUAAAUACAAGCACCAAAGGCGCCAUAAUAAUCCAGGUUUGACUCUAUCAGAUGAUAGUUUGAAGAACUAUGCGUUGAUUGAAAUCGAGAAAAUUCUACAAAGCAACGGCAAGAGCUUGCGGAAUUUUGACUCUAUGCCAAUGCCACUACAUUCGUCAAAUGACACGGAGAAUCGAUCAGUGCUCGAUGAGUUGGACUACGACGUUAUUGCGAUGGCUGAAGAACUAAAACCUUAUCUAUUUUCUAUCACAGACGAGCAGAGAAAGGUUUACGAUAUCAUCAUGGAUGCUUUAUCGAAAAAUAGCGGCGGGAUGUACUUCCUCUAUGGUCACGGAGGAACCGGAAAGACAUUCAUAUGGAGAACGUUGUCUGCUGCAAUUGGUUCCAAUGGAGAAAUAGUUCUUAAUGUUGCUUCGAGUGGCAUAACAUCUUUGCUGCUUCCCGGUGGCCGAACCGAUCACUCCAGAUUUGGACUGCCCAUCAUUGUGCACGAUGGUUCCACGUGCAACAUUACACAACAGAGUCCGCAGGCAGAAUUGCUUAUAAAGUCGAGACUUAUUAUAUGGGACGAGGCCCCGAUGAUGCAUACAUACUGUUUCGAAGCGCUAGACAAGACGAUGCGAUCUAUCACGCAUGUUCCCAAACCGUUCGGCGGCAAGGUGGUCGUUCUUGGCGGAGACUUCAGACAGAUUUUACCUGUUGUGCUGAAGGCAUCAAGGGAAGACAUUGUUCACGCUACGAUCAACUCAUCUCAGCUUUGGAAAGACUGUACGGUUCUUAAGUUGCAUACGAAUAUGAGGCAUCAAUCAAGCUCUAAUCCAUCUGAAGUUGAAGAAAUAAAGGAGUCUGCUGAUUGGAUACUAAGUAUCGGUAAUGGGGAGGCGGGAGAGAAGAAUGACGGUGAAGCUUCCGUUGAGAUUCCUGUGGACAUGCUAAUUCCCGAUUGUGAAGAUCCAUUAUUGGAGCUAUUGCAGUUUGUGUAUCCAGAUUUGUUGAGUAACAUAUCAAAUCCAGAUUAUUUCCAAGGGAGGGCAGUGCUUGCACCGACUAAUGACUGCGUGGAGUCUGUCAACGACUACUUGUGUUCUCUCCUACCCGGCGAAGAGAUGUUGUACUUCAACGCGGAUAGUAUGUGCAAGGAUGAGUUGAGUUCGGAAGAAAAUGCUGAAAUAUAUUCGACCGAAUUCCUCAACACCGUGUCUUGCUCCGGACUCCCUUCACAUAGGCUUAAAUUGAAGGAAAAUGUUCAUGUUAUGCUUAUACGAAACAUCGACCAGGCGAGAGGCCUUUGCAAUGGAACCAGACUUCAAGUUGUUAGGAUGGGAGUUCAUGUUCUUAGCUGCAAGGUUCUAUCCGGCAAAAAUAUCGGUGAUGUUGUUUUCAUUCCUCGGAUGACGUUGGUCCCAUCGAACUCUACUUUGCCCAUUAAGUUCCAGAGGCGACAGUUUCCGUUGAUGGCUUGCUUUGCAAUGACCAUCAACAAAAGUCAGGGUCAAACACUUUCACACGUCGGUUUGUAUCUACCCAAACCUGUAUUCAGCCACUGUCAGUUGUACGUUGCACUCUCGAGAGUGAAGAGUAGAUCUGGCAUAAAGAUCCUAAUCAUGUCUGAAUCCAGUGAAUCAUCGAGUUCUGCUAGCAACGUGGGGUACAAAGAAGUGUAUUUGCAAGUGAUUUUUUUCUCUAGCAUAUCCGGUAUAGUCGCUUUUGGCAAGCUUGUAGUUCUUGGAGGGGACUUUCGGCAAAUUCUGCCAAUUGUGUUGAAAGCAUCGACACAAGACAUUGUUCAUGCUACAAUCAAUUCAUCACCAUUGUGGAGACAAUGUAAGGUUAUGAAGUUGAACAAGAACAUGAAACUUCAGUCGGCCUCCUCUUCUGCCAAUGUAGAUAAAAUAAGAGAACUUGUGGAGUAG